AUGAAUGAUUUAGAAGAGCCUCGAGUUAAAAGUAUUUUGAUGCUUCCUAAUGAUUUAGUAUUAAACUGUUUAGCCCGAGUCUCAAGAUUCGAGUAUCCAUCUCUAUCUUUAGUUUCUAAGAGAUUUCACUCUCUCAUUGCUUCAACAGAGCUUUACCAAACAAGAACCCUCUUAGGCCGAACAGAGAGUUGUAUCUAUGUGUGCUUAAAACUCCAUGCCAGCAAACUUUUAAGUUGGUUCAUUCUAAAUACCUCCAAAAAAGUUUUGGUCCCGAUUCCAUCUCCCCAAUAUAACUUUACAUCCCCGUCGACGGUUGCAGUGGUAGGAACUAAUAUCUAUGUCAUUGGCGGCGGCGGAUCAGAGAAAAAUGCCUCUUCUAGCGUUAUGGUCAUGGACACUAGUCGUCCCCACGUGUGGCUUGAGGCUCCAAGCAUGCGGGUGGCCCGUGUGUUGCCAUCUGCUUGUACCCUUGAUGGGAAAAUCUAUAUAUAAUAGCAAACCAAAUUUUUAUAUAUAACGGGAGGGUGCGAAAAUAUCGAUUCAAACAAUUGGAUGGAAGUUUUUGAUACCAAGUCUAAAACUUGGGAGUUUUUACAGAUUCCUAGCGAAGAGAUUUGCAAAGGCUCAAAGUACCGAAGCAUAAGUUAUCAAGGAACCGUCUACGUGAGAUCUGAGGAAAAAAAAGUGACUUACAAGGUGCAUAAAGGUAAAUGGAGAGAGGCGGACAUAUGCAUGAAUAAGAGAUGGGGUUGUUCGGGAUCAUCUUACUGUGUGAUAGAGGACGUGUUCUACUGUUAUUGUGACAGGAAGAUCUGUUGGUAUGACCUCAAAGAAAGAAUAUGGAAACCUUUAAAGUGUUGUCUGGAAGGAUUGCCUAGAUUGGCUUGUGAUAUAAACCGUUUUUGUUUAUUGGCGGAUCAUGGUGGAAGAUUGGCGAUUUUGUGGCAGGAAUACGUGUGUGAGACGAAAAUAAUAUGGUGUGCGGAAAUUGCUCUCGAAAGACGUCAAAAUUUGGAAAUUUGGGGUAAGAUUGAGUGGCACGGCAACGUGGUUAGCAUACCCACUAGGCUCGGUGGAGUGCAUGCUCUUACUAGUACAGUUUGGUGA